CAUCUCUAUCUUUCUCUCUUUGUAAUUGACAAACAAGCUCUCCCUUUUUUUUUCCUUUUUUUUCUUUGAUUUGAAGCAUAUAGUAAUAAUAAUUUUCCAUUUCAAUGGCUCUUCCUCAAACCCACUUUCAACAACACUAUCAACAGCAGCCAUCCAAGAGCUUGAGAAACUUGUACUCAAUUGACGGUCAGGUUUAUUAUAGUCCUGUUGAUUUGCAAGACCACUCUCAGCAUCCUCCUUAUAUCCCACCUCCUUUUCAUGUUGUAGGGUUUGCCCCGGGUCCAGCAGCUCCUGUGGCUGAUGGCAGUGAUGGGGGAGUUGAUUUGCCUUGGAACAAUUAUGGCCUGGAACCCAAAAGAAAGAAGUUGAAGGAGCAGGAUUUCUUGGAGAAUAAUUCUCAGAUUUCAUCAGUUGAUUUCUUGCAAGCGCGAUCAGUUUCGACGGGUUUAGGCUUGUCCCUUGACAAUACUCGUGCUGCAUCUUCUGGUGACUCUGCUUUGAUUUCGCUCAUCGGGGAGGAUAUCGAUAGGGAGUUGCAGCGACAGGAUGCAGAGAUUGAUAGAUUCCUUAAGAUUCAGGCUGACCGUUUGAAGCAAAACAUCCUAGAGAAGGUUCAGGCUAACCAACUCCAAACUCUGUCACUAGUGGAAGAAAAGGUUCUUGAAAAACUUCGUGAAAAAGAAGCAGAGGUUGAGAGCAUCAACAAGAAAAAUAUGGAACUUGAGGAGCGAAUGGAUCAACUAUCCAUGGAAGCAGGCGCUUGGCAGCAACGGGCUAGAUACAAUGAAAGCGUGAUAAAUGCGCUCAAGUUUAAUCUGCAGCAAGUGUAUGCUCAAAGUAGAGACAGCAAAGAAGGGUGCGGGGAUAGUGAGGUGGACGAUACAGCAUCCUGCUGUAAUGGACGCGCUAUCGAUUUUCAUCUUCUGUCAAAGGAGACUAACGAGAUGAAAGAUUUGAUGACUUGUAGGGUUUGCAGAGUGAAAGAGGUUUGCAUGCUUCUGAUACCAUGUAAGCAUCUCUGCCUGUGUAAAGAUUGUGAAAGUAAGCUUAGUUUUUGUCCAGUGUGUCAGUCUAAGUUUGUUGCUAUGGAAGUCUACAUGUAAUAGCAUGUAAAUGAAUAUGAAUAGCCUUGUAUUAUAAACACUAAAGCUAAUUUCAUGCAUUGCCUCUGCCAUUUUAA